AUGUCAUCAGCCGAAGCACCAGCAUAUACGGCUCCCCCAGAAAACGCACUGGCUGGUGUGCCACCUCACAUCAUCAAGCUCCUUGACCAACUUCACGCCAAGUCUCUGGACCAAGAGUCCAAGAUUACCAAGGAUGACUUCAAGGAACGCACACAAGCUGAAGUAAUGCGCGACAAGUUCAUCGCCCUCGACCAGAAUAAGGCUCAGUAUGUGUAUGCACUUUGCCGUGCGACCGGUGCGAGAACCAUCGUCGAAGCCGGAACCUCGUUUGGUGUCAGCACCAUUUACCUGGCCCUUGCUGCGGCUGCCAAUGCUGCUGGUGGAGGCAAACCCGCUAGAGUGAUUGCAACGGAGCAUGAGCCGACCAAGGCGGCGGUAGCAAGAGAGAAUUGGAACGAGUGUGGGAAAGAUGUGGUUGAUGUCAUUGACCUUCGUGAGGGUGACUUGAGGGAAACUCUCAAGGAGAAUCUCGAGGAUGUGGAUCUUUUAUUAUUGGAUAUUUGGACCCCGAUGGCACUGCCGACGCUGCAGGUUGUUCAGCCCAAGAUGCGACCAGGUGCAGUUGUUAUCACUGACAACACGAUCGGUUCCGUGAAUGGGUACAAGGAUCUCUUGGAGUAUCUGCGUGGGCCGCAGAGUUCAUUCAUCAAUUUGACACUGCCGUAUAAUAAGGGCUUGGAGAUGAGUAUUUAUGUUCCAAAGUAG